AGCUGACAGCAAUUCUUUUUCUCUGCAGCUUGUAAAUUUACCGCGGUGCAAUUCUUAAAAUGUCAACAAAUAGUAUCAGGCCUCCGGCGAAAAGGCCUAAAUUAGAGUUCAAAUCAACAUCAAACGGUAAAGUGAAGGAGGAGCUCGAUGAAUAUGAACUAGAGCCGUCCGCCUUUAAUCCAAAGUACCGCGUUUGUCCAUAUUUGGACACAAUCAAUCGCCAUUUACUGGAUUUUGAUUUCGAAAAACUCUGCUCCAUUUCACUAACUCGCAUAAAUGUUUACGCGUGUCUAGUUUGUGGCAAAUAUUUUCAAGGCCGGGGCACCAAUACUCAUGCUUACACGCAUUCCGUAUCCGAGGCCCACCAUGUUUUCCUCAAUCUACAAACGUUGCGUUUCUACUGCCUGCCUGAUAAUUACGAAAUUAUCGACUCGUCGCUAGACGAUAUAAAGUAUGUGCUGAAUCCCACAUUUGAGCCCAAAGAUAUACGACAAUUGGAUCGUUCGGAGCCUAAAUAUUCACGCACAGUAGAUGGUACACUUUAUCUGCCCGGUGUUGUGGGUCUCAACAACAUAAAAGCUAACGACUACUGUAAUGUGGUCCUGCACGCACUGUCACAUGUCGGUCCAUUGCGGAAUUACUUCCUGCGUGAGCAAAGUUAUGCGAAAAUCAAGAGACCGCCAGGUGAUUCUAUCUUCAAUCUUGUACAGCGUUUCGGUGAACUAAUGAGGAAAAUGUGGAAUCCACGGAAUUUCAAGGCGCACGUAUCUCCGCACGAAAUGUUACAGGCCGUGGUACUAUGGUCUAAAAAGCGCUUUCAAAUAACCGAACAAGGAGAUCCCAUCGAUUUUCUAUCUUGGUUCUUACACACACUCCAUCGCGCAAUGAAGGGCAAUAAAAUGCCAGAUUCGUCCAUUAUUUAUAAAAUCUUUUUAGGGGAAAUGAAAAUUUAUACACGCAAAAUUCCGCCGGUGGAACUCGACGAUACACAAAAAUCGCUACUGCUUGCCACAGAGGAGUAUCAGGAAAAAUGCGAGGAGUCGAACUUUUUAUAUCUCACUUGCGACCUUCCACCACCGCCUUUGUUCACCGACGAAUUUCGCGAGAAUAUUAUUCCGCAAGUAAAUCUUUAUCAGCUGCUAGCGAAAUUCAAUGGCACCACCGAGAAGGAAUACAAUACGUACAAAGAUAAUUUUCUGAAGCGUUUCGAAAUCACGCGGCUGCCACAGUAUAUUAUACUGUAUAUCAAGCGUUUCACAAAGAACACAUUCUUUCUGGAGAAGAAUCCGACAAUUGUUAAUUUCCCCAUUAAGAACGUGGAUUUUGGAGAAAUUUUGUCUAUGAAGAACCUCGAA